AUGCCCAAAACAUUUCGUUAUUCCCCGGGAAAAUCCCUCAUCACCGACCGCUUAAUUCUUGAGGACAGUGAUUGUGGUUCGACGAUUAAGGUUGCUGAGGUUGAUUCUUCUUUGCCAAUGAAGAAGAAGGCAGUAGAGAUAUCCCCUGAACUAAAAGGAGUAUCUCUAUUUCUUGUUGGAAUAAACUGCACCAUAAAAGCAAGAUUGGGGAACCUUCUUGCAGAUGCAUUGCGAUAUUAUUACUUUGACAGUGAUAGUUUGGUUGAGGAAGCUGCUGGAGGCAAAUCUGCUGCUAAAUUAUUUAGAGAGACAGAUGAGGAAGGGUUUCAUGACUCUGAGACAGAAGUAUUGAAGCAGUUGUCAUCCAUGGGCCGCCUGGUUGUUUCUGCUGGAGAUGGUGCAGUUCAGAGUGCAUCUAAUCUGGCACUUUUGAGACAUGGAAUUUCUAUAUGGAUAGAUGUCCCUCUAGACAUGGUAGCGAGAGACAUUGUGGAAAAUGGGAUUCAAUUUGCUGAAUCAGAAAUAACGACUUCUGGUUCUUAUUCUGAGGUGUUGGCUCAACUAAUUGCUUUGUACGAAGAAAUGCGAGUUGGAUAUGCUACAGCAGAUGCCACUGUUUCACUUCAGAAAGUAGCGGGUCAGUUAGGUUAUGAUGUCUUGGAUUCAGUAACGGCAGAAGACAUGGGCCUGGAGGUUCUCAACGAGAUAGAGAGACUGGUAAGAGUAAAGAAGAUGAUGGAAGAGGCUGCGAGACCAUUUUAA